GCUGUUCCUAAGAACUUCCAGAUCCUAUCCCAACAUCCGUCCAUCCCUCACCACACACCCCCCCAGCGCGUCCUUGUCCUUUUCACGAGCGUUCACCAACCCGAAUCGAACACUCUCAGCGUCAUCCGAGCAUCGAGAGAUGAGUAGUCGCGGCGGUAAAUUAGCCCCAGAAGUCAACCGAGCUCUGUUCGUGAAGAACUUGAGCUACAACGUAACUCCAGAGGAGUUGUUCGACCUGUUCGGAAAAUUCGGCCCAAUUCGACAGGUCCGUCAGGGCAUUGCAAGCGGCACCAAGGGUACCGCCUUCGUUGUCUAUGAAGACGUAAUGGAUGCGAAGCAAGCUUGCGACAAGCUAAACGGCUUCAACUUCCAGAACCGAUACCUCAUCGUUCUGUAUCACCAGCCAGAGAAGAUGCUCAAGUCAAAAGAGGACCUCGAGGCUCGCCAGGCUCGUUUAGCGCAGCUCAAGACACAGCACGGUAUCGAUUGACAAUCCGACGGGUCUGCGGCACGCCUCCAGACACCUACCUCGUCUGCAGGCCCGUCUAUUUCUUCAUCUAAACGAACCACUUCUCCGGAUCAGAAGACGAUCCUCAGAAAGGGCAAGCCGACCAUCACCGGGCGCGCACCCAGAACCGGUGUACGAUUCGCCGACGGAGUACUCCCCAACUCGCUCCGGGCCCAGACUUGCGCUUGAGGUGGUGGGUCGUUGUAAAACAUGACCCGCCAAAAAUUUCAAGCCUUGUUCUGGUCGGGGGUUCUUACGGUGCAGAGACACGCGCAACUUUUCUUGUUCGCUGGUUUUGGCUUGGCAAACGCCCGAAAACUCACUCAACCUCUCCUGGAGAGUAUCACGACCUGAUAUGAAUCUUGUGCGAUGGCAGGGGCGAUUAGGGGACAGGAAACCGGAUUGAGCCGUCCGUGGACGAAGUCAGUCAACAACUCGACGGUCCUCGGCGGUGUUGUUUUAUAUCAUUUUUUCUUUCCUUUUUGCUGAUUUGGGAAACGGAGGGGGGCGUAUCACCUUUGCUUGUGGAUCACCAUCCUUCGACACUCUUCACACACUACAAGUUGCUAUCAAAGAAUGCAUGACAACCGAGGCACCGGCCUCGUGUUCCUCCUCCUCUUGUGUCCUGGCACCGUUGGACUACACGAGCUAACUUUCGCUGAUGUCGUAGUCAAUAUCUAGGGUCCUAUGUGCGUAUGCUUUCCAAUGUUGUGACCACCCAUUCCAUGAGUUGCCCAGCCUCACUGCUGGACAUGUCAUCAUUGGCUGUCAGACACUUUUCGACCACCUGCUUGUACAACUUUCCGGUCUUGCUACCCAAUCCCGGGACCAAGACUGGCAAAAUGACCCUAUCCCUCCACUUCUCCGCCGAGUAAUGCGGCUUGUAGUAUGUUUGCAGCACCUUCCACAGUCCAAUCUCCAACAGCACCAGGCCCAGGCUGUACACAUCAUAGCCCUUGCAGUACUGCUUCCUCCCGAGGCCAGUGCCCAGCGAACGCGGAUCUCUGUGGAGGUCGAGGAUGCUGGGGUUCCGCGGAUUGACGCUCAUCUCGGCGUCAAAGUCUGGGCGAGAGGCGUCAAAGCCGACGAGGUAGGGGGAUCCGAUGUCCGGGACGACGGCGGCGGAGACGGUGGUGGCGCGGGUUGCUGCGAGGGAGGCGGCGGAGGGGAAGAAGAGGAUGUUUGCGCUGCAGAGGGACUUGUGGAGCCAGUCUAGGGAGUGGAGGGACCAGAGGGCGCAGGCGAGGGUUGACGCGAGGGUUAUGCGGUCGUCUAGGUCGGGAGUUUUGAGGUCUGGGGAGGAGAUUAGGGUGUGGAGGGUUGAGUGGGAUGUUGCUGGUUGUGGCUGUGAUGCUUCUGCUGCUGCUGCUACGGUGUCGGUGUUGGCCUUGGUCUUAGUCUUGGUUUUUGUGAUGGGCAGGGAGUCCGAAGGUAAAGAUGGUUGAGAGAGUAAGGGACAGCGGUAGACGAGGCCGUAGCGGGCGUUGUUCGCGUCGUCUGUGUAGCCUACGCAGUCUAUCGUGUGCAGGUCCGGGUGGUUGGAGGAGGCCGAGUGCAUCAUGCGGGCGAGGUCGUCGAGACGGCGGAGGUGGAGGAAGCGUUCGUCGGGCGAGGAGGGGUCGUAUUCGACCCAUUCUACGAGGACCGGGCCGUGGGUUGUGUGUGUUGCGUGAGUGCGGGUUGUGUUUGUUGUUGAUGCUAGGGAGAGGAGGU